AUCGCCUCCUUCUAUUGGCUGUGCUUCUCGUAACGUGUCAUAAACAGUGAAAAGCGGAUGGUGACUGUCAUCCUGCACUACAACAUUUUAAGUAAACAUAAAAUGAAGCCAUAAAGUCUUUGAAGCGUUUUCGUUUUGAAGAGGUGAAGAGAAAAUGGAGAAUAUUCAAAACCUUCCCAUCGACAUACAGACCAGCAAGCUUUUGGACUGGCUGCUGGAUCGACGUCACUGUAAUCUGAAAUGGCAGAGUGCAGUGAAAGUGAUCAGGGAGAAGAUCAACGCUGCCAUCCAGGACAUGCCAGAGAACGAGGAGAUCAAGCAGCUUCUCGCCGGCUCCUACAUUCACUACUUCCACUGCUUGAGGAUAGUGGAGAUACUGAAGGGAACUGAAGCUUCCUCAAAGAACAUCUUUGGCAGAUAUUCAUCUCAGAGGAUGAAGGAUUGGCAAGAGAUUGUGUCCCUUUACGAGGCAGAUAAUGUCUAUUUGGCGGAGGUUGCCAGCCUGCUGAGUCGCAGUGUGAGCUAUGAAGGUCCGGCUCUGAGAAAGCAGCUGGCCAAAGCCCAGCAGCUGCAGCAGGAGCUGAGCCGGCGGGAAGUGGAGUGCCAGAGCUCAGCCGCAGACCUGAGGGAACGCUACUACACUGCCUGCAAACAGUACGGCAUCACAGGAGAAAAUGUCGCUCGUGAGCUUCAGGCUCUUGUCAAAGACUUACCCGCAGUUCUUGAGGAAGUUGGGAAGGAUGCAGCGAAGUUAGAGGAGCACAUUCAACUUUAUGCUGCUUUCACAAACUUUGUAUGCGAGUGGUCAGAACCAGUCCUGCCCCUGCUGACAUUUGCCCAGAAGAAAGGAAACGCAACAUUUUACGAGUGGAGAACGGGGAAAGUCCCCACAGUUGUUGAGAGGCCAGUUGUGGAAGAAGCUCCAGCUGAUACAGUCACAGAUGAUACGAUUGACUGGGGUGACUUUGGUACAGAUACCCAGGAUGCAACUUCUGGCAUCACGGUAGAGGGUGGAAUAGACUGGGGCAUCAGUGUGGAGGAUGCUGGCGGUAUCGACUGGGGUGACAGUGAAGCGGCUCCUAUUGAAAUUGAAAUUGUGGAUGCGGGCACAGACUGUCCUGACGGUGUGGCGAGGGGUGAGGAUGCCUUAAGUAUACUAGAGAAUUCUCAGUCACGCAGCCAGUUCAUCGAUGAGCUCAUGGAGCUGGAAAUGUUCCUAACCCAGCGCGUGAGUGAGAUGGGAGAGGAGGGAAACGUGGUCGCUAUGAGCCAGUUCCAGCUGGCCCCUUCUGUCAUCCAAGGCCAAACCCGCGAACAUAUUCGAGAGAUGCUGUCAGGGGUACAGGACCUUCUUGGCCGGCUCACCUCUCUUAGGAUGCAGCACCUGUUUAUGAUCCAGGCCUCGCCACGGUAUGUGGAGCGUGUGUCAGAGGUGUUGAGACAGAAAAUGAAGCAGGCGGAGAUUCUGGUCCUGAAGGGUGCCACAAUGGUUGAGAAAAGGCAGGAGGCCCUGGAGGAGCAGUCCAGACUGGAGCCUCGUGUUGACCUGCUGGCAGGACGCACCCGGGAACUCCAGAAACUGAUUGAAGUCGACAUUUCAAAGAAAUACCACAAAAGACCUGUCAACCUAAUGGGGGUUAAUAUAUAGUGAACAUAACAUCACUGAAAAUGUUUGUUUUUAUCAUGAUCUUCUUGGAGAAAUAAAAGUGGUAUUUAAUUUUA